AUGAGCAUUAAAAAUGGUAUGAGGCUUGAUUUGGGCGACGGGUCUACUGUUCUAGAUUUGGACCUGGAAGCGGUUAGUACAGAUGCGCCAGAAGCGGAUAUGGGAGGUUAUGCUAAAGUGGUAACUUACAUCGACCGCCGCAAGUUGCCAUUGUGGGUGCUGAGAAGAAGCUGCUACGCAUGCUGCAGUGACAGUUCGACAACGGCGGCGUAUUUCCGGUCAAAGCUGUUGAAAAGACGGCAUGCUCAUCGAGGCAUCAUGGCCUCGUAUAAGCACAGUUUUUGCAUGUUCUACGCACAACAAAGUGAGCCGCAGACCUUCCAGAUACGUUGCGUGAUUCUGGAUUUCUCCUACAAGCAGAAACUGGAUCUGCAACUGAAAGAACUUGCAAAAUCCACCGCGCAGGAACCCCCGGACGCGCUGGAUCAUAUUGUGGCCCGCAAACAACGCCAACGGCUCCAGAAUCGGUCACAAAUUUCUACACACUCACGAAUCGCAGACUCCAGACGCCAGUUCACCAAGACUUCUGCUAGCUGUAUCCUCGGCGGGCUCCGGCUGCGUGGUAUACCAGAGACUCAUCCAGAAUUUCAAGCGUUGUACAAGACAACCCUCUCCACAGUAGAGUUCGCUCACAGACAUGAUUUACAUAAACUCCAGGCCCCGAUGCCAUUCGAAUCCGUCCAGGAUACGGUGGAAACGGUGCUGAGAUUAUUUACGCGCUCGUGA